GGACGCUGCUCGCUGCUCGCUGGUGCCAUCUGCAUCUCGCAUAACGUCGUCGUCGCGAGCUCAACCACACCACUCACACCCACACCAUGCGCGGCGCCUCGAUCCUCCGUAACGCCGCCCAGGCCGCCACCCAGGCCGCCGCCAAGCCCAAGCCCAUGUCGGCGGACCACACGCUGUACCACUUGCAGCCUACUGGCUUCUGGAAGAAGUUCCGCGACGUUCUUGUCGUCAACCCCGAGAUCUCGUCCGGUCUUCCCCUGCAGGACAAGCACCGCAUGCCUCCUCCUGCGUCGCGCACCGAGCGCUACGCUACCCCCGCGACGGCGGCGUCGGACGUUGCCUUCAACCAGUACUACGACCGCGACACCCGCCGCGCAUACCCCCAAACCUCGGUCGUGACGCAGACCGAGCUCUCCGAGCUGCUCCUCGCCUCGCCCACCCUUGCCGCCGUCGAGGCCCCCAAGACGGAGGUCGCGACCGAGGCGGCACCCCUGACGGCCGUGCUCGCCAAGCUGCCCGAGGGCACGGCGUUCGUCGCCGCCGGCAUCCAGACUGGCUCGGCCACCGGCCUCCCGCCCACCCCCCCAAGCCUCAAGGACAACGGCAAGUGGGAGCCCAAGGCCGGCGCCUACAUCCCCCGCGCGCCGUACCAGUACUUCCCUAUGGUGGGAUACGUUUAGAAGAAAGCUGGCAGGCGGCUGGCAUUAUGCAUUGGAUCACGCAG